CAAACCCUCUUGACCAAGUGAAAGAAACAAAACUCUCGCCUUAAAGUCAUGGCCAUCCCUAAGACUCUCUUUGCUUCAAUCCUCAUUUCCCUGCUCAUCUUGCACCUAGUGGAAUCAGAUACAAAGAUAAUAAGCACCAUGGUGGAGAGCGAAAGUCCCAGCCCUCUUCCACCAAAGAUAGAUUGUGAUGGAGCUUGCAAUCGAAGGUGCGAGUUAUCUUCAAGGCCAAAUCUAUGUAAUAGAGCGUGUGGAACAUGUUGUGAGCGAUGCAAUUGUGUACCUUCAGGUACCUCCGGUAACUACGAAGAGUGUCCAUGCUAUGCCAACAUGACCACCCACGGCGGAAGACACAAAUGCCCUUAGUUACUUACAGCUUUUGACUUUUGUCUUAUCUCUGAUGUCAAACAUGAAAUG